AUGGGUAAGAUCAGAGAGUUUAGCAUUCAACUUCAUAACAAUGCUGCCAGUGUCUACUAUCCAGGCCAGAUCAUUACAGGCAUAGUGGUUAUGGAUCUAAUUUCUGCUGUCAAAAUCCGAUAUAUUUGGGUUGAAAUCGCUGGAAGAUCGGUAACUAAAGUCCCUUUAAGUAAUCGAGGAAGUAAUCGUAGCCAGUGGCUUGCUGAUUUUGUCACUCAACGAGAUUGUUUCAUUGACGAAAAGAAGGUUUUGUGGGACGGAACUCGGAAUGAGAAUCUGCAAUUGGGAUCUGGGAGACAUGAACUGGAUUUUGCUUUUCCCUUACCCUGCCAUUAUUUACCGUCAUCAUAUGAAGGCGGAAAAUGUUGCAAUAUACGGUAUCUAAUCCUUGCUCGGAUAUGUCGCCCAUGGAAAAUGGAUUACGUAACUAAAACAGCUUUCACAGUGUUAGAAAUGGUCGACAUUAAUAGGCCAGAAUUGACGGUAAAAGAGCUAAAUAAUUAUUGCACUUAG